AACAGAGAAAAUACCACAAAAGGCGUAUGUAAGUGGGCCUCGCGUAGCCCCUGUUAGGAUACUGAUGCUUACAGCUGUCAUUACGCAUGUCAGUGUUUGCUGGGCUGUGAUAACGUUAACUAGAUUUGAUAAAUCCUUAAAAAAAUAUAAAUAAUAUGACGAAAUGUGCUAUUUUAGAGUGCAAAAAUGAAAGCCAUAACAAAAAUGUGUCUAAUAGUGGUAUAUCGUAUCAUAGAUUUCCGAAGGAUCCAGAAAUAAAAGGAAAAUGGAUCGAGUUGACUGGACGACAAAAUUGGUUUCCUACCAAAACUAGUACAAUUUGUUCGGAUCAUUUUAUACAAGAAGAUAUUAUGAGGAUAAACGGAAAAAAAUUUUUAGUUAACACAGCAGUACCACAACUAAAAGUUUUUAAUUUUCUAUCAGAUGCAUCGCCGAAUAAUUCUAAAAAUGAUGUAAAACUUGAACCAGCUCCAGGAUCUAGUUCAGAACGACAACGUACACACACAACCGAAACGGAGGAAACGGAGUCAGGAGCCGGUACUCCAGAGGAAACAAAAUUACGCGAAACGCUUCGUGGGAAAGACCACAUAAUAAUGAAACAAAGGUUGUUGAUAAAAAAAUUAAAGGCAAGGAAUCGUCGAUUAAAUCAUAAAAUUGAAGACAUUCUAAAAUUAUUAGAAACAAAGUUUGGUAUUGAUCAUAAAACAUUAUAUAAUCUGAAAAAUACUAAUAUAAAGGUGGGUGAUAAUAAUAUUACAAAAACGGAAUGAUAUUUUUUAUCAGACAGAUUGGCAAACGUGCAGACGAUUUAUUCUGUAACAUACGACCAUAUCAUAAUAAAAAAACAACUUUA